AUGCAAUUUGAACGUAAUGCAUUGAGUCCAACAAACGUCAUCACUCAACCCAAACCCACCUUUCACUCUUCGUCGAACAUCAAUGCCUUGAAGUUCAAUCUUUUUCAAAGAAAUCUCAACGACAAUUACGUAGAAGCGCCAUCGACAACAAGUUCUGACGAAGGAAAUUCACCAACUGAACUCAACAACUGUCGAAGGAUUCUCGAAAAGCCACCAUUAGUGUUGCUUUCGUUUCUCUUAAAGGUGAAGCGUUUGGCAAUGGGAAUUUUGAGAUUCACUGAUGAUAGUCGACCAUUGGUCCAUAACAAAACGUCAUCCAACACAUCAUCAGACUCGAUACAAACAAUUUCCGACGGCUACGUGAACGAAGCAAUUUGUGAUUCCGAAAAGCUCAUAACAAAUAGAUUCGGUGACUCAUGCAAGCAAUCAUUUAAUCGUCAAACAUUUCAAAUGCAUUAUCCAUUGUCAUCAAUCAACAACGCAAUUCCCCUCACCACACUUAAACGUUCAUCAUCAGAGACGUCGUCGAACAUUAUAACAACAUCGGCGACUGUCCAUGCAAGCGAAAAGUCAACAAACUUCAACACGUGUUAUAACAAUGCGAGCACUAAUUAUAAUGAGACGAACUUUUGUGAGUUUGAUUAUAAGAAAAACUUUAGCAGUGAACCACCUUCUCCCACUAAUGGAGUGAAUCUCAUUCCACCAAUUCUACCAUUACGAAAUGAUGCCUUAAGCUUAACUGAACAGAAUGAUUUGAAAGGCGCUCCAUGGUUUCAAGCCGGCCUUCCACGGGAAAUUUCACUUGAAAUUCUUUCAAGACAAAAUCCGGGAGCAUUUCUUGUUCGUCAAAGUGAAUCGAAAAUGGGUUGCUUUGCACUCUCAUUGCGUGUGCCGCCACCAGCCCCUAAGGUAGCACAUUACUUAAUUAUGCGAACGCAACGCGGCUUCAAAAUCAAGGGAUUCACGAAGGAAUUUUCAUCAUUACGAGCGCUGAUUACACAUCACUCUGUUAUGAAAGAACUUCUUCCCAUCCCAUUAAAUUUACCACGUCAACAUGAGAUUCAACAACGUCACGAGUUGGACGACUUAGACAAUCUGUGGUUUAUUAAAUGAAAAUUAUGGAUUUAAGUGAAAUUUAUAGUUGUUUUGGUGGGUCGGUGGGUCGGUGGGUGGCGAAAGGAAACCAGAAAACGUCCGUGUUGAAAGAAGAAGAAAAUAAUGAAAGUUAAAUAAAUUAUUUCAAUUAUUUUUUUGCUUGCUUGUAUAUUCAUCAACGAAGUGAUAAUAUUGUAUAAAAUAUCUGCGUUUCCCUCUUAUUUUGCUGAUUGUCGACGUCGUCGUUUAAACAUU